CCGGGCGAAGGCGCCUGGCCUGGGUCCGAGGUGGGGCUCGUCCAGACGACGAAGGAGACGACGACCGACCGUCAAGGCUGCAGCGACCAUGGCGUCCAGCGGAGUCCGCGGGCCGACGCCGCGCUGGGGACCGACACUCUGCGGCGCUGCGCUGUUCCUGCUGCUCCUUCCGGCGGCCGCCGCUCAGGGUUGUUCUCAGAACACAAGCAGAACCUGUGAAGAGUGCCUGAAAAACGUCUCGUGCCUUUGGUGCAACGCGAACAAGAUGUGCUUGGACUACCCAGUGACCAAAGUCCUGCCGCCCAGCUCCCUCUGCCAGCUAAGCUCCGCACGCUGGGGCGUGUGCUGGGUGAACUUCGAGGCCUUGAUCAUCGCCAUGUCGGUGAUCGGGGGCUCCCUUCUCCUGGGGGUUGCCAUCUGUUGCUGCUGCUGCUGCAGGAGGAGCCAGAGCCGACGGCCAGACAAGAGUGAGGAGAAGGCCGUCCGGGAGCGUGAGGAGCGCCGGGUCCGGCAGGAGGAGCGGAGAGUGGAGAUGAAGUUGAGACAUGAUGAAAUCAGAAAAAAGUAUGGUUUGUUUAAAGAAGAAAAUCCAUAUGCCAGAUUCGAAAACAACUAAGACGCACUCGGUGGCGCGGCGAGCAGUCUCCAGGCCUCUAGUCAGCAGGGACCCCUGCCGCCCAUGCGCCUCCCACCCUGGGGAAGGAAGCUGCCUGGGGCGGAGGCCUGGGAGCUUCUGUUUCCUCUUCUCUCA